CCAGGGCCGCAGGACAUCCCCACCACCCACUUUUCGUGUUGUCCUUCGCUCUGCAGUCCAUGGACGCGCUUAAAAAGACAAGAAAAAAAGUGAAACUCGCGAAAAGCCAAAACGCUGCAGAGACGCUGGAGGCCAAAACGAAAUCAUGCGGCUGGCGAGGGCCUUCAACUAAUGACAAUAAGGCGCGAACUGGGAAAAUCCCCCUACCGAACCAACAAACCACCCACCCAAUAUCACGCAUACGCCGCCUUGCCUCGGGGCCCUAACAAAAAUAUCACGCAUACGCCGCGUUGCAGCAGCGAAAUCAAAACAUAAACCCAAAUCCAGUGACUGCAUCGGGUUUUCCUGAGCGCGUGACCAAAACAGAGAGAAAGAGAGAGCGCAGAGAGAGAAACCCUCUCUCUCACUCACGAAGGAGUUUCCCCAUCAUCAUCAUCAUCACCACGAUGAACACAAAUGCGACGUCGUGUGCUAGUUGGAAAUUGCAUUUUCCUUCAGUUCUGUUUCAGUUUCGAGUCCGUGCAGUCGUGUUGGCCGGAGUGAAAAGCGCCGAGGAAAAUUUGCAAAAAAACAACAAAAAAAAACUCAAACAGAGGAAAUAGAAAUAGAGAAAAGUAAAUAAGCAAACAAGUGCAGUUUUGUUGGGAGAGUGUGUGCGGAAAGGGAGAUUAAUCCCUCCGACCUAGCAUAGAUACCUACAUUUUUGGUGCGCCAAAACACGGUGUGUUGAAAGUCCCGAAAAAGCAGAGAAACACUGAAAUAACCGCAACCAUGUCGACGCUACCCUUUCUCCUGAGCGUCGCCGACGAGCUGGACAACAUACACUCGCAGUCCUACAUGGACGACUUUGGCCUGGGCUUCCACCCGCACCGCCAGUACUAUCGCACACCCACUAUCCAGCUUUCCCUGCCCGCCAGCACGGACUGGACGGGAUCGGGAUCGGGAUCGGGUCGGGACUGGUCCCAGGCAGCGGGCAACAGGCACACUCGCUACCGCAGCUAUAAGUUCUACGACGACUCGCAGAACAAUCUGGAGGAGGAGGAGCCGCCGGCGGAGGAGCACCUGCCCAUAGAGCAGGUGGCGCUGGCACAGCAGUUGGUACAGCAGGGUAACCAGACGACAUCGGUUGAGGCCCAGCCGUCGAGUGCAACCGCCACUGCCGACGCCACUGCCGUCGCCACCACUAAUCGCAAGGGCCUGAGCAUGGUCAACUCCCACUCGCAUGAUGUGGGCGUGGGCGGUAUGGGCCUGAAUUUAAAGGCCGGCGAGGAGGAGGACGAUGAGAACAUCGAUCGCACGGUGCGCAUGUACAAUUUGUCCAAGAAAUGCUGCAAGAACUACUAUCGUCAUGCCCUGGAGACCGGACCCGGCGCCAGUGGCAAGGCAAAGUGUAGCAACCUGCGCUCCGAGAGCCACAAGUCCAGCUCCAGCUCGGAGGAGAGCCUUCAGAAGAUACCCUCCCCCAUUGAGUUCCUCACCUGUUUCCUGGUGAAGAAGUCCCGCACCCCGAAGGCCAGUGCCCCGGUGGGCCAGCCCAUCAAGAAAACAUAGAACACGGCCCGGCUGCUGCCAGCAGCGAUGUCCGCCAGGACGUCCACCAUCAGCUCCACGGCCACCGGUGGAUCCGUGACCCAUGCGACCACGGACACGGACACCACGACCUCAAAGCGGCGCAGCAACUGCUUCUGAAUGUUGGCCGGAGUCGGUGUGGUGUGUGGCCAGGCCUGGAGUUGGCUUCAGAGGUGCGGUGAGCUUCCCAGCUCGGAGCCCGCCUCGUUGCCAUCCACCCGCCUGGGCAGGAUCGCCUACUAGGCCCACUCGACCGACUUCGAUUCGCAGUCAGGGGUUCAUACAUGGGGUUUUUAACUGAGUGCUAGCGCUUGGUAUAUGAUUUCGCACUGGGGUUACCUCUGGCUUGAGUAUUCAGAUUUUCGGAACGGUUAAGGAUUUCGAUUUGCACUUGGUAGC